UUACAGUGUUUUUUAAUAAUUUAUAUAAUUUGCUUUUUGUAGAACUUGAAACACAGAUUUUAUGGAAUAGAAUCAUAAACUAACAAUUUUAACAAACAACUGAAUUAAAAAGGGUUUCCACAGAGAAGUAACCAAAAACUCUGGUUUGGUAGGCAAUUAAGAUAUUAAAAAUAUAAACUAUAUAAUUGAUACAAAUAUUAAUUGGAGCGGAAUGUGGUAAUAUAGAUUGAGGUAAAAAAGUAUACUAUUACAUAUUGGGUAAGAGUUACAAGAGAUAUGAUUGACAAUCUGAGAUAUAGACGAGAUUAACUAUUGAAUCAAAGUAAAUUACAAAGAGAUAUGAUUUUCAAUCAGAAAAAAUUACAAAGAGAUAUGAUUUUAAUUAAGAUAAACACGAGAUUGACAAAAGCACUUAUAGCAAGUGAAUAAUAAAUCAAAUAAUUUACAUUUACAGAACAGAGAAUAUGUAAAAGGGAAAUGGUGCCAGCUAUUAAGGUUUUAAAGUGAUUAGAAAUUUUCUCUCAGGUCAAAGCUGUCAUCUCUCUCUCUCCUAUACUCGUAUUCCUUUUUUCUCUUCUCUGUCUUUAUCUCUCUGUUUCUUUAUAAGCACUUCUCUUUCUUUUCUCAAAUCUUGGAGAAGAAAGAAGCAAAGAAUUCUUGGGAAAGAGUAAAAGACACAAAAAGUUAAAUCUAGUAACAUCUAUUGAUCCAAUCAGCAAAUCAAAAUCUCUGCAACAAUGGCUGCUCUUCCUCUCCGCAAGGACAACAAGAUGCAUUGGUGGUUCACUCACAAGAAGCUUGUUGAUAACUACAUUAAAGACGCAAAGUCUCUAAUGGCGAGUGAGGACCAAAACGACGCUGCUUCAGCCAUUCAUAUACUUGACGCAGCUUUAUCGAUAUCGCCGCGUUCGGAAAUCGCGUUAGAGCUUAAAGCCAGAGCUUUGCUUUUUCUCCGUCGCUACAAGGACGUAGCUAACAUGCUUCAAGAUUACAUUCCUAGCCUCACACUCGCCGCUAAAGACGAAGAAGGGUCUGUUUCAUCCGACGGUUCUUACUCUUCCUCCUCCUCUUCCUCAUCCUCCUCUCAACUCUCCAGGAAACUUCUCUCUCCUAACCGCGACUCCUCCUCCGCCUCCACUCCCUUUACUUGCCUCUCUCUUUCUGACUUGAAGGAGAAAGUAAUGGCAGGGAUCUGUAGAAAUGGCGAUAAGGAAAAACAACAGUGGAGAUAUGCUGUAUUGGGACAAGCUUGUUGCCACCUAGGAUUAAUGGAGGACGCAUUGGUUCUUCUUCAGACAGGAAAACGCCUCGCAACCGCCGAGUUCCGUCGUCAGAGUAUAUGCUGGUCCGACGAUAGCUUCUGCAUCCUCCUCUCCGACUCCGAGUCAUCAUCCUCCGCUUAUUCUCCUCCAAGAAAACUCCCUGAAUGCGAAACCGUCUCCCGCCUUCUCGCACACACAAAGGUCCUCCUCCGCCGCCGCGCGGCCGCAUUCGCCGCGUUCGACGCCGGACACUAUUCAGAAUCCAUCCGCCACUUCUCCAAAAUCCUCGACGGACGCCGCCGUCCUGCACCGCAAGGCUUCCUCGCGGAUUGCUACAUGCACCGCGCCGCCGCGUACAGAUCCGCCGGAAAAAUCGCGGAGGCGAUCGCCGAUUGCAACAAAACGCUGGCUCUGGAGCCGUCGUGCAUCCACGCGCUGGAGACGAGGGCUGCGCUUUUGGAAACGGUUCGGUGUUUGCCUGACUCGCUUCACGACUUAGAGCACCUGAAGAUUCUUUACAACACGAUCUUACGUGAUCGGAAGCUUCCCGGACCGCCGUGGAAGCGACACAACGUGAAGUACAGAGAGAUCCCCGGGAAGUUAUGCGUUUUGACGACGAAGUCGAAGUUUUUGAAAGCGAAGAUUGCCAAUGGAGAAAUCGGGAACGUUGAUUGGUAUGGAUUGAUCGGAGUUAGACGCGGAUGCUCAAGAUCCGAGCUCGAUCGAGCCAAUGUCGUGUUGACUCUCCGACAUAAGCCUGAUAAGGCUUUGUUGUUCAUUGAUCGUUGUGACUUCGCUGAUCAGAAGGAGGUUAUCGCUGUUAAAGAUCGGGCGAGUAUGGCUUCGUUGUUGCUUUACCGUUUGAUUCAAAGAGGUUACUCCGUUUUGACGGCAACGAUAGCGGAGGAGGAAAAGAGGAAGAUGACGAUGGUGUUGACUCAAAAGUCAACGAAAGUGGUUGAAGAACACGAACCGGUUGAGAAACCUGGUUCGGUUAAGAUAAACGGUUUCUCGGAUAUUAAACCGGGAAAUUCAAAUGCGUAUCAAGGAGUUUUCUGUCGGGAUCUUGCUGCGGUUGGGAGUUUGCUAUCUAGGACCGGUUUUAACCAACCGAUUCCAAUGAAAUACGAAGCACUCAGCUGUUAAAUGCUUAACCGGGAUAUUCACGAACCAAGAAAGUGGAAACGACUCCUUUCCCGGGCGAUUUUAAAAUCAGUUAAUGUAUCUAUCCAUAUAUGCAUGUAAUAAAAUUCCGCUAUAAUUUUUUUUGUCACUUUUAAUAUUCGUCUCUAUUAAGUUUCUUGUCUUUACUUCUGCAAAGGUAAUGCUUAAAGUGUUGGAUUUAAA